GCCUCCAAUCCGCGCGCUGCAAGAUGGCGGCCGCGGGAAGCGCGGCGCCGGGCGGUGGAGAAGUGUAGGGGCGCGGCGGCCGCGCUCUGCCGGGCGUUCCCGGCCCCUGCGGUGCCGUGCAUGGAGCCUGUCGGCAGCCCGCUGGACCCGGGGUUCUCGCAGCAGGGAACGCCGUGUCUGAUCGUGGAGGACUCGCAACCCGAGGGCGCGGGCCCGGAGCAGGACGCGGAGCGGGCCUUCCUCGGCGUGCUGGGUCGCCGGCUACCGCUGCCGCGGAGCCUGAGCCCCGUGCUGGAGAUCGUCUGCGGUCACGCCGGCAGCCGCGAGGCGUUCCGAGAGCGGCCCGCAGGUGGGAGCGGUGUGCGUGGCCGCGCUGACGGCGCGGUGCUCGCAGGGCCGAUGGAGGGCGCCGCCGACGAGAUGCCGCCGCCCGGCCCGGACAGCAGUGCCUGUGGGAAGGCUGCAGAGAGAUACGAAGGGGAUGAUGAGGACUGUCCUGCCUUGCCGUACAUGGAAGAUACAGGAACAUCACAGCUGCAGUUUGGCGUUCUGGAGCUCUCACAAAGCCAGGACCUGGAGAGUGAUGUUGCACCUGAUGAAGAUGUUAGGAAUCAGCUUCACUCUGGAGCUGCUAGCCUUUCUUCCAGAACUGUGAAGAAUGAUCCUAAAGAUGAACUGAAUGUUAAAAGCAGGGAAACUGUCACCAGCAUAGAAACACAUUCUGCUUUGGAAGGCCAACCAAAGGAGUUUGAAGGAGCGCUGCUGGAUGCAGAAGAACAUUCCAGGAAAGAGAUGCCUGACUCUAAUCUGCCUGAAAGUGAGAAAUGCGUUGACUCUGGUCACGAGGAGUUGGAUAUCUUGUCGACUCAGGAAGAGAUGUUUCCUGAAAAUAAUGUAGCAGGGAGUGACUGCCUUGUAACUGGAGUGGAAGAGGGAAGUUCUCUGGCCUGUACCCCUGCCCGCAGUCUGCACCUCCUGCAGCUCUCUGGACAGGGAUCCCUUGUACAGGAGAGCCGUUCCAUUGGCUCUCCAGGUGUGGUUGUUCCUUCUCCUGUUGGCCUAGCAUCCAGUGCUCUCAUCCCUACCAGUCCUACUGAACAGGACCAAACAAAAGAUGAACAGGUGGAUAUCUCUACUGCUGCAGAAGGAAGAGAGCUGGUGCAGAAGGGGCAGAAGGAAAAGAGACUGAUGCAGGAGGAGCAGAAGAGAGAUGUGCUGGUGGAGAUGGUUAUCCCACCAGGGCCUCCUGUUGUGCCACAGGCUUCAACUCCAGUGUCCCAGAGUGCCCCAGCCUUCUUUCCUGAAUCUUUACCUAUACCAUCACAACCAGUGUUCUCUCAUGAUAUCUUUGUUCCAACUCAGAGCCCAGAGAAGAAUGAGGGAGAAGAAAAAGCUGCUGUUUCCACCUGUUCAUGUGUACCAGGAGACCUUCCUGGACCCACGGAUACUUUGUCAAAGGUGCCUGUGGAAGACUCUGUGUCACAGACUUCUGAGUCCUGUAAUCUGAUGCUUUCUGCAAGUGGAUGUAGCCAGCCUACAAACACAGAAAUCAGUUCAGACUCUCUGAAAACUGGCCAUGAUAAUGAAGCUACACAGAUCCAGAUGAUUUCUGAAUGCAGUAUUUCAGACUUGAGAUGCUCUUCUGUGGAGGAGGAUGAUGACAGAAAAAUGAGGCUGGAUGCAGGCCAUCAAGCCCUGUCUGAGAACUGUGAGAAAGCAAAAAAGGAGGAUAUACAUACUGCAGGAAAGCCUGUAAUGCAGUUAGGUAGUGCAGGCAUAGCAGGAGAUGGGACAUUAGCCCCUACAGCCCAUCAGGCUCGUGGAUGUAUUUCUGGAAGUCGGGCUUCUACGGAGCAGUCUCACCGUGAGACCUUGUCCCGUGCUGACAGAAGAGAAGCUCAGUUAAAGGGCUUUUCCCUGAAAGAGAGUUCUCAACAUGAGGCAGUUCCUGAGACUCAGUGUGAAGAACAGGAAGAGAAGAUGCAUAUAGAAGAGAAGCAAAUGAAUGAAGAGUCUCUUAACAUGACUGUUUCUCAGAAGUUCCUUCUUGAAAGGAAGAUAGAGCACUACGAAGAGAUGGAAGUAGAAUUUGCUGGUGGUUCUUGUAAAAAUAGCAGAAAACUGUCUGAGACCCAAGACCUAGGAAAGAUUGGACCAGAAUACCGGGGAAAAGAAGCUGUAAAAGAUGGUGCUUUUGGCACUGGAGAGGCAAAGAAUGUGGAUAAACUGUCCUGUAAAGCUGCUUCAGAAAGCAUGCCAAAGCUGAAUGAAGUUUUAUCUAAGCCUUCUGUAGGGGACUUAUUGGAACAGCACAAUUUGUUUCCUGAAUUAAAGAUUGACAUUCCAUCCGAGAUGGCAUUGUGCGCCAAAAGCCAUGCGGAAAGUUCAGAAUUACAUCAGAUAGUGGAGACUCAACCACCACAGCAAGAGAGGGAAGCUGACAUACUGGUGACUCAGCAGGAGAAUCAGGUGCUGAAGAAUACAGAGAUUACUGCUAUGACAACGAAUCUGGAGCAAGAAGAGCAGAUGCAGCUGGAGGAGCAGACAGCUGCUAAGUCCCCCAGUCCUUCCAAUGCAACACCAUUUCAUUUCACUUUGCCAAAGGAGGGUGAUACCAUUCAACCACUGACCAGCAUAACACCACCUCUCACUGGCCAACUUAAAAUGGGACCUAGAAGACACAGCACACCAAUUGUGGAUGAUAGGUGUCCAGACAGCACUAUAGCAACUAGUGAUGUUACAGCGGAGGGCACAAUGGGGACCAACAGUGUCACUGUGGAAAGUGCAGUGGUGUCAGCAGAUGUGUCAGAAGUGUGUGAAAAAGGAGAUUCUUGUGCAGUUCCUGAGGCUGAUGUAAAACUCUCUCUACGAAUGAACCUUGUUACCCCCAUGAAUGAUGGGAGCGACGAGUCCUUACCAUUCAGCUUGGAAAAGCCCACAGCCAGUGACAGGAAAACUGGAUCUGCUGCUGCUGCCAGCUCCCAGAAAGCAUCAUCUGUGUUUAGUCGUGUCUGUGAAGUUCGGCGAGAGGAAGAGGCUAGAGAUCGCAGCCUUUCAGCUUCUCCAUUUAGGGGGAACCUAUUCAGCUUUCCUGGCACAGAAAAGAAUGCUGAAAUAUGUGAGAAUCCUAGUGAUCAUCAAGAAAGAGCAGAUGACAGUGGUGGACAGCUCCUAAUACUUCAGAGGCUGCAGCAGGGCUGCCAUCAACAACCUUCUUGUACAGAACAGAAAGAGUCGGUGGAGGGUGGUAUUGUAACCACGCAGAUAGAAGAAGGGGCAAGAAUGCAGCAGAAACCAAGUGAAGUGGUUGCAGUUGAUGAAAGCCAAGGGAAGCAGGCUGGUACCAAUAAUAAAGAGAUUCAAACUACAGCGGACUUUUUUACCCCAACAACUGUUACAACAGCAACGCAAACAGCAGAAGGAGCUUGUAGGCAAGUGGACGUGGGAACCAGCAUGUGUGGGCAAAGACCUGGGCGACAAGAUGUAAACAUCCAAACUGAGGAGGGUGAACAAAAGCUUGUGAAUACCUCUGCAGAAGACACAGACUCUUUACACAGUCAGGGAGAGGAUGAAUUUAACCUUCUUCACCCUCCCAGAGGCCAGGUUCAGCGUCGCCACGUGCGAACUAUCCGAGAGGUGCGCACUGUGGUUACCCGUGUUAUAACAGAUGUUUACUAUGUAAAUGGUGCAGAGGUGGACCGGAAGGUAGUUGAGGAAACUGAGGAGCCUGUAGUGGAGUGCCAGGAGUCUGAGACUGACACAUCCUCCUCUAGAACUACAGUUGGCUCAUCGCUGACCUCAGGAGACCUUGGUGAUGUCAGCUCCUUCUCUUCUAAGGCCUCAAGCCUCCACCGCACAUCUAGUGGAGCAAGCAGCGGUCUCUCUGCCACACACAGCAGCAGCAGUUCAGCACGAGGAACUGGUGCUGUCAAAGGGAAAGUGUGUGGUACAGAAAGUGGAGAGUUUGCGUUACCCAUUGGCAGAGGUGUCUUAGGAAAACUAAGCCCUAGGAAAGGAGUUGGUCAACCAGUAUCUCCUCUCAGAGUUAGCCAGGCAGGAGCAGCACUUCUGUGUGAGGAAGAGGAGGACUCUAUGCUCGGUACUCGCCAGAGUGGCAAAGCACCGGGGACACCUCGUGGGCGAGGAAGACGAGGCCGCCCACCGUCCCGAUCAACUGGAACAAGAGAUUUAGCUGGAAUUCCUGUUGUAGAGGAUCUCUCAACUACAGGAUCACCUGAGGAGAAAUCAUUUGUUCGUACAGUUCGCCUACCAGAUGGAGGGGAGAAAUCUGACACAUCUGGCUUCUGUGCCUUACGUCGAAGUGACUCUCCAGAAAUCCCAUUACAAGUGGUGGCUGGGCCUUCAGACUGUGCAGACUCAUCUGCUGGGAGCAGCUUUGUGGGCCUAAGGGUUGUAGCAAAGUGGUCUUCAAAUGGGUACUUCUAUUCUGGAACAAUUACCCAAGAUGUUGGAGCAGGGAAGUACAAGCUUCUCUUUGAUGAUGGGUAUGAAUGCGAUGUACUAGGAAAAGAUAUUUUACUCUGUGACCCUAUCCCACUGGAGACUGAGGUAACUGCGCUGUCAGAGGAUGAGUACUUCAGUGCAGGUGUAGUGAAGGGACACCGGAAGGAGUCUGGAGAGCUAUAUUACUGCAUUGAAAAGGAAGGUCAGAGGAAGUGGUACAAGCGAAUGGCUGUUAUUCUGUCUCUGGAACAAGGAAAUAAGCUCCGAGAGCAGUUUGGGCUAGGCCCUUAUGAACCUGUCACCCCCCUGACUAAGGCAGCUGACAUCAGUCUUGAUAAUCUUGUGGAGGGGAAGCGGAAGCGCCGCAGUAACCUUGUCUCUCCCAGCACCUCCAGCAGUAGUACGACUCCCACUCGUAAAGGGAUGGAAAGUCCACGUGCACCACCAGGUGUGCUUUCUGGCAAGAGGAAACUUGUUGCUUCUGAGGAAGAGAGGUCCCCAGCUAAACGUGGCCGUAAGUCAACAGCAGUAAAGCCUGGGGCUGUGAGAGCAGGGGAGUUUGUGAGCACCUGUGAAGGUGCAGAUGCUGUAGAUCCCCCAGUACUGGAGGACCAUCAUGGACCAUUGCCACACAACAAGACCCUCUUUUUGGGCUAUGCCUUUCUCCUCACCAUGGCAACACCCAGUGACAAAUUGGUCAAUUGCCAGAAGCCUUCAGAUGGUCCUGCAGGGAGUAGUGAGGAGGAAGAAGAAUUCUUAGAGAUGACUCCAUACAACAAACAUUAUAUAGCACAGCAGCUGCGAGCAGGAGCUGGCUAUAUCCUGGAAGACUUUAAUGAAACACAGUCAUUAAUAUGCAUUGGUGAGACCACCUGGAAGUCUCUUCAUAUGCCUAAACAAGUCCAGCUUUUUCAACGUCUUGUAUAUCAGAUGCACCAAUUCGUAGAUCAUCUCAGUAACUCCUGGCUGGGUCUGCUUCUUUGAUGUCUGUGUCUUUCUUGUAUUGUGGAAUCUAAUUGUAUGGAUCUGGUCUUGCCAGUUCUGCAUAGAGCAGCAGGAUAACCUUCCUUGGCUGGUGAUGUUUUUCCUAAUACAGCCAAUGAUACUGGUUGGCUUGCUGCAAAGACACUUCACUUGCUCACGUUCAAUUUGUCUUCCACCUGGAACUCCGUGUUCUUCUCUCCAAAGCUAGUUAUCAGUUGAUGAGUCCCCAGCCUGUACUCGUGUUGGAGUUAUUCCUACCCGGGUGUGGUACUUAAGAUUUGCCUUUGUUAAACUUUGAGACUUCUGUCAGCACAUUUUUCAGCCUUGAGACUUCUCUUGAAAAGCAGCACCAUCCACAAUGGUUUUCAGCAGCACAAUGAGAAACUCAGGAUUUUUUUUGUUAGUCAAGAUGUAUGUUAAGCGUUUUCUCUUUCUAUAUAUACAGUUGUUUUGCCAUGUCAGUGUUUUGGCUGUGUAAUGGUAAGCCGAGGUGGUAGAUGAGAUGUAGAAGAAAGAGCUCCUAUAGAGCUCUCUCUCUUUCAUUACCCUUUUUGGUACUUUCUGAUGAAUAGCAGGUAAACUUCAGUAAAUUAAACAGUUCUUAUGGAAACGAAUAAUUAAACUUUCAAUGUGAUUCAGUGUGUUGUGAUUUAAUGGUGAUAAUUCUAAGGCAUUACCUGGGGAAACUGGACAGCUAGAGGCAGUUCUUGUCUCCAUGGGAAAUACUGUAUAGUUUAAGUAGGAGUCAAGUAGAAUGGGAUGGGUAGGAUAGCUCCUGUUGAAACACAUUAUGGGGUGACAACAGUUGAAACCGGAAAGCAACAGAUCUGCUAUUAAUAAAUGACUCAUGAUGGAAAACAGCUGUCAGAAUCUGACCAGGUAUCAAGAAGAAGCUGAAAGUAUACCCUCUUAUGUGAGGAAUGAUGUGAGGUGGUAAGUCAGUAAAUAUGGAGGAAAUUUCAGAUUGCAGAACAGGCAAAUGGAAUUUGUAGACUCAGAAUGGUUUGGGUAGAUAGGGACGUUUAAGAUCAUCUAGUUCCAGUCCCCUGCUAUAGGCAGGAACACCUCCCUCUAGACCAGAUUGCUCACAGCCCCAUCCAGCCUGGGUUUGAAUGCUUCCAGGGAGGGGUCAUCCACAACCUCACUGGGCAACCUGUUCCAGUGUCUCACCACUCUCAUAGUAAAUAAUUUCUUGUUGAUACCUAGCCUAAAUCUACGCUCUUCCAAUUUAAAGCCAUUUCCCCUUAUCCUGUUGUUACAUGACCUCAUAAAAAGUCCCUCCCCAGCUUUCCUGUAGAAAGUACCUUCAGGUACUGGAAGGCUGCUAUAAGGUCUGCCGGAGCCUUCUCUUCUCCAUGCUGAGGAGCCCCAGCUCUCUCCUACCCUCCCUGUAGGGGGGUGCUCCAGCCCUCUAAUUAAUCUUCGUGGACUUGCUCCAACAACUCCAUGUCUUUCUUGUGUUGGGAGCCCAGAACUGGACGCAGUACUCCAGGUGGGGUAUCAGAAGAGCAGAGUAGAGGGGCAGAAUCACCUCCCUCGAUGUGCUGGUCACACUUUUCUUGAUGCAACCCAGGAUAUGGUUGGCCACCUGGGCUGCAAGUGCACGUUGCUGGUUCAUGUUGAACACUCCCAAAUCCUUCUCUUCAGGGCUGCUAUUAAACCUUUCUCUGCCCAGCCUGUAUUGCUGCUUGAAAUUGUUCUAGCCCAGGUGCAGGACCUCACACUUGGCCUUGUUGAGCUUCAUGAGGUUGGCAUGGGCCCACCUCUCUUGUCCAGGUCCCUCUGAAUGGCAUCCCUUCCCUCUUGUGUGUCAACUGUGCUCUACAGCUUGGUGUCAUCUGCAAAUAUGCUGAGGGUGCACUCAAUCCCACUGUCAGUGUUGCUUACGAAGAUGUUAAAUAGCACUAAUCCCUGAGGAAUGCCACUCAUCACUGGUCUCCACUUGGACAUUGAGUUGUUGACCACAGCUCUUUGAGUGUGACCACCUAGCCAGUAAUCAUAAUUACCACAAAAUGGUCAUGACAGGAGAAGUGUCACUGUCUAGAUAAACACAAAGGACAGAAGUUCACAUUGGCUGGUUGGAUCUCAAAUGUAAUGCGUGCAUGUUUAUGUAUUCAUUUCUGUGUGUGUGUGUGUGUGUAUCUAUGCAUAUAACAAAAUAUGAAAACUGAAUAUUAGCUGCUUUUAUAGAUUAUAAUGGGUCAGCUUAAUCCAACAGUUGAUCACCACGCAAAAUGGCAGUUAAUUUACUGCAAAUUUGUUUUGAGAUAACCUGUCUAUAAAGAAAUGACUGUUAGUAAUAUAGGCCAGUUAACUUCAGAGGUUCAAAGUAACACUACCAGAAUACAGAUUCACUUUACAGCUGGUAAAGACCUUAGGAGUGAUAUUGUAGUUGUACCCAUCAGCAGUACUGUAAUGUAUUAAACACAUCUUGUCAAGAAUGGCACUUGAUCUAUGGUUUGUAAGAACAAAUCCAGUUUAUCAAAUAAUUGAAGUUUACUAUUUAAAUUUAUACAAAGGAAUUUAUCCUAGUCUUGUGUGAAAUUCAAGGUUGAUGUAGUGAUACUGACAGAGUCUACAAGUAAUGAUAGCACCCAGAAUAAAUCUGUAACUUCUUUGUUUAGUUUACAACUCUUUUCCUGAAGUUUUAUUUAGAGAGCAUAAGAUUGCAGGCAAAGCCAGAAGAAUGUUGUGCAUACUUCAGGGCAGAUGAUCGAUUUACUAUUUUUUUUUUUUUUUACUUUUC